UCACGGAAAAACAUCAGUGUACUAGUAGCUUGUCGGCUCUUCAGGACAGCUUGUGCUCGCUCAGCCUGUCUCUUACGACGAGAGCUUACGACGCCCUAAUUUGACGGACACACGGCGUAGUUUGGUUCCUCAGUUACAAACGCGCGACGCAUUUCAGAAACAGUGUUUGGAUUUGCUGGCUGGAGCUCUUACAUUCCGUAGACCUCGUCUGUAUGAUGCGUGUUCCUCACAGCCGUCACUAUUCCUCUCCCACCUCGAGUAUUUAUAGCAGUAGCACGGAGCGUUAGCUUGGUGACUUUUGAGUCGACUCAAAAGUCACCUUUUAACACGGAGCGUUAUCUCGAAGGGCAUCGUUUCGCCGGAUUAUUCCGAGUUGAGUUCUAGGGUACGAAAAUGAUUGCACUACCCCAGUGACGAAUAAGCUUCACGCCAUAGCCCAAUCUCGUUAGAGCUGUACCAUGAAGCAUGUCGUCGCCGUUCCGUCCCUCCGCGUGCAGCCUUCCGCUGCCAUAGCUCCAAGCGCCUGCGUUAGAGGAACCUCUCUGUCCUAGCCACCUGCUCUGGACAGUAAUUUUCCCAACCUGACAAUGCGGCUUGAUUACAUUUGAAGACUCGACCCAACUUAACACGGCUGUCACGAUCCGCGAUCGAGCGAUUGCAUUUUCCACGGAGUCUCCCAGACAGACCUCUCUUCAGCUAGAUUCUUAAACACUCGCCAUGCGGUUACUUACGUUCGAUCGGAUACAUGCUGCGGGUAGCCCCAGUAGAUAGUGCUGGUUUCCGUGCUGUGUGGAUGCGAAGCGAGAGGACAAAGAGGAAGAAGAGAGAAGGAGAGAGAGAACGAGGAGUAAGUGUGGCGUGAUAAGUGGGAAGAGAGCCGGCGCAUGGCCCAAGGUGACUCGUGAGUCGACUCGACGACGGUCACGGGUGGUGGCGCAUGGCCCUGUCAGCGUCGCACGCGCUGACGUCGCGGAACAGUUUUUUCCGCCCGCGCUACCUCAAUGAGGCGCCGGUGCUGAGCGAGGCGGAGGACUUGCCGCACCUGCGGGAGUUGGAGCUGUGCGUGAACGCGGACCUGGUGCACGUGGAAAACAAGUACGGCGCCUUCCUCGGCCAGCCGCACCCCGCCUUCCGCCCGCAGCUCUUCUCCGCGCCCCUCUCCGACCGCUCCGCCGCGGGGCCUGGGCGGCCCAAUGGGGGGCGCGAUGGGGAGGAUGACGACGCGGACGUGGAGCAGUAUCUGGAGAACAGGGACCCGGACGAUGAGCACUACGGAGGGCCGCCCAUCAUGGCGUAUAACCCCCUGUUCACCUGGGAAACGGAGAGAGCGGCUGUGAUUGGCCAACGGUUGCCCAUCAAGCCCAUCGUCAGCAGCACAGUAGGUACUCGCUUCUCUGUGCGGAUACUGUCGUUCAACGUACAGGCGGGCCUUGUGGAGCCCUUUUAUGGCACCAUCUGUUUGUAUCACACGGAGAAGAAGGAGAAGGUCUCAGAGGACUUCCACUUCCAGUACCUGCCGCUCUCCUGGGAUGGGGCGAGCACGCCCCCGGAGCUGCGAGCGAUAUUCACGGUGGAGAGAGAGGCGUCGGCGCUGUGCCUGCUGGUGCAGGUGGAGCGGGCUGUCACCGAGGAAAGUCUCAAUGGCGUCAAGGGGUCCGUGUACACCAGAAAGGACCCUCCUGUUUUGACAGACAGGGAGGCAUCUCACCUCUCCGAAUGGGCACAGGGCAUGCCAUUCCGUGAGGCCUUUGCGUUCGCCACCAUCCCUCUCUUCGACUCUGCAGCCACAGGAGGGGCGACCGCCUUUGGAGGCAGCAGCACAGGGGUUGGCACACCAGGGGGGGGCGCUGCUCCGCGGUAUGAGCUGGGGGGUCCGCUGCAGGUGGACAUCCCCUGUCUGCAGCGGGUGAAGGAGUGCUACACUGAAGACCAGCUCUUUGAUCCCAAGCGCAAGGUGCACAAGCCGGUGCGCAUGUCCAUGCAAGUGGAGGUGGAGCGCCUGCCAGGCAGCACAGCCCUCUCGCAGGGCGCCCAGGCAGGGGUGGGGGGGUCCGGCACCCCGCACAGCCACGCCAUGAUGGGCCACACGCGGUCAAUGGAGUCAAUUGGGUCUGAUGUGGAGGAAAUGGGUGCGCUAAGUCGCACCUUCUCCAUCUCACGGCUGCUGAAUGGGUUCCACGCACUGGACUUCACGGAUAUGACCCGUGCGGAGCCGUUCACGCAUCUGGAGCACCUGGUGUUCGUGUACCCGCACAGCGUGGCGCUGCCCAAGAAGCUCAACCUCUUCGUGCGCGUGGAGCUGAGGGAUGACGACGCCGACCUCCAGUCCUCUCGCCCGCAGCUCGAGGCCAUCUUCCCAUGGGAGCGGGACCACGCCAUGCAGCGCGUGGCGUCAUCGCAGGUGGCCAUGGGCAUGCGCCCGUCGCUCUUCCACGACGAAUUCAAGAUCCAGCUGCCUGCCGUGCUGCAGCCCUCCCACCACCUCCUCUUCUCCUUCUUCCACAUUGACCUUGCCGUCAAAUCCGACCGCCCCAAACCGGUUGUGGUUGGAUACUCUGUCAUGCCUCUGUCGGCUGUCACGCAGUCGUUCAAGGGCGAGAUGAACCUUCCCAUGUCCAAGGACCUGCUCCCAAGGUACCUGCACGAGAGCACCAAGGCGAAGCUCACCUUCUGGGAGGAAGGCAAGCCCGUGUUCCGCAUGCGCACACGCCUCUUCUCUUCCCUCCUCCCCCUCUCCGACCGCCUGCGGGACUUCUUCAAGCAGUACGACCGCCACGUGCUGGAGGCGCCGCUGCCCCGGGAGGAUCUGCUGGAGUCGAUUAAUGGGCUCAAGGGGGUGGACACGGUGGUGCUGCUGCAGUUCCUCUACCCGCUGUUGAACAUGCUGCUCUGCAUGAUUGGCAACGGGGUCGAGACGCUGCAGGUGGCGGCUUUCCGUGCCAUGGUCAAUAUUGUGUCGAGAGUGCAGGCGGAGCUGUCCCCCAAGCACCCGCGCAACCGCUUCCUGGUGCACUUUGUGGACUUCGUCUUUGACGACCUCGGCCGGCAGCAGCCGCCCGUCUACCCCGGGCUCAGCAACGUCUGGCGCAGCCUCGCCCGCAGCAAGUCCCGGGGCUUCCGAGUAGGUCCGGUGUACAGCGAGGCGCUGUCCAUGGCGUGGUUUGUGCUGGAGCUCGUGGUCAAGUCCAUGGACCUGGAGCUCGCCCAGGUGCCGCAAGGCGAUGAGAUCGCGCGGCUGAGGCUGGAGGACGAGGUGUUUCUGUGCAUCCGGCAGCUGUUUGAGUGCCUGCUGGUGGAGGUGCAGGAGAAGGCCGACGCCGACUACCCGCUCGCGCGCCGCCUCACCAACUCCCUUGCCUUCUUCUGCUACGACCUCAUCACUGUCGUCGACCCGCCUCAAGUGUUUGAACUCGUGGGUCUGUUCCUGUCACAGCUAGCGGGCAUGUGUGCGGCCAACCAGCACUCCCUGAAGCUGCACUUCCUGCGCAUCCUCUGUGACCACGACCUCUUUGUCGAGACGCCAGGCCGAGGGCCCACUGAAAAGAACUACCUGUCCACGGUUCUGAUGAAGGACCUGUUCACAGGCUUGGACCAUGAGGACCCCAACCAGCGAGCCACGGCAUCGCGCAUGCUGACGUUCCUGCUGACCAAGCACGAGUACGACUCGCGCUAUCAGCAGACCGAGCUCAAGCUCUACAUCUCGCAGCUCUACUUCCCCGUAGUCAGCCAGCUAUUGGACGACCCGCAGGUGUUUACGCGCCUGGGCGUGCUGCAGAAGCGGCAGGUGGUGGUGGGGGUGCUGGCAGUUCUGCGUCACGUGGACAGCGAGACGCUGCUCAAGGCGUGGAAGCACAGCCCGGCGCGCACUCAGCUCUUCUUCUCGCUGCUGCAGGAGUCGCUAUUCCUCUUCCAGUACACGGGCCGCACUGGAGUGAGCUCGGGGGAAUUAGGCUCCGUGGUGCGCAACCUGCACAGCCUGGACGGCAAGGGGCGCAAGGGCGGCAGCGAGGGGGAGCUGCCGACCUUCCCGCUCUACUCCGACCGCGUCUCAUUGGCCACCAACGACUCGCUCGAUGACAUGGCGCUCUCGGAUUCGAAGGGGAGUGGUGAGAGGGAGCAGCUAGCGCGCAAGUACAGCGGCAUGUCAGCCACCAGCGCGCCAGGACAGUCUGCCGCCCGCCCACCCGUGCCUCUGAGGGAGGAGCUCAGGCGCGCCCGGGUGGCGCCACUGGAAGCCAUGACCAUUCUCAGACAAAGCCUGCCACCCACUGCUUCUGAGAAGCUGUCCGUCUGGGAGGCCACCAUGUCAGCGUGGGUGUCACUGCAGGUGCUGGAGGUGCUGGAGCAGUUCAGUGACCUAGCAGCGGAGGGGGCGGUGGUGACAGACUAUGACACCAUGGACUGCCUUACCGGGCCCAUCUCCGCACUCCUCAGCAUGCCCCAGCCCGUGUCGUUCUGGGAGGUGUUUGUGCCGGCCUUUGCGGAGAUGCUGCGGCUGCACGGCCGGGCGAUGCUGGCAAGCAGCAAGGCCAACGACGCGCGCCUCAAGGACAUGUUUGGCAACCUGCUCAAGCGCCUCAUAGUCAGGCCCGAGUUUGUGCGCAAGAGAGCGCUGCUCUGCCUGUUGCUACUGCUGCGGACGGCGCUGCUGCACAUGGGCAACGUGCACCACCUGCGAGUGAUCCUCACUGUUGCUUUGUCUGAGGUGAUGAUGCAGCUGCGCCUGCUGCAGCGCGGCUCCAGGCCCGGCGAGAUCACCGAGUCUCUCGAGGUGGAGCGGCUGCGCUUCUCACUGGAGGAGCUAGGCUCGGAAGACACGUGGUUCGGGCUGCUGGCUGAGUGCGGGCUGCCAGACAUGUGCCUGGAGAUCAUGGUCGGGGAUGAAGAGGCGGAUAUGGAGGAGGAGGAGGAAGAGGAGGAGGAGGAGGAUGAGGACGAAGAGGAGGACGAGGAGGAGGAUUAUGAUAAUGAUGAGGAGGAGGAAGAUUUAGAGGACUUGGAUGGGUUUGAAGCGGAGAAUGGGAUGGGGAGGGCGAGAAGGCGGAGGAGAAGGCGAAGGGGGCGGAGGAGGGAGAGGCGGAUUCGGGACCGCUGGUCGCGGAAGAACGUGGAGGAGCUGCAGGACAUGCUGCUCACCGUGGUGGACGCCGCCUCGCAGCACGAGCAGCUGAUGGAGGGCCUAAAGACCUCGAACGACCGGUAUGCCAUAGUGGAGAGCUACUACAUCCUGGCACAGGCGUACGGGCAUGUGCCCGACCUUUACAUCAUGUGGAUGCUGCACCUCUGCGAGGCGCACCAGGAGAUGAGCCAGUGGGCCGAGGCAGCCCAGUGCGCUGUGUCCGUUGCCGGGGUGGUCAUCCGGGGCCUGCACGCCUCCACCACUCGCGAGUGCGCGUGGGAGGCGGAGCACCUGGAGCUGCUCUGGCGGGUCUGCCCCUUGGCGCGGCACCAGUGGCGUGCCCGCCCCUCCCGCCCCUCCUCCAGCGCCCGCCCCAUCAGCAACCGCAGCGGGGCUGCUGGUAGCGGCUCUGGAGGUGCUGCAGGUGGUGCGGCAGGGGGAGGGGAGAGUGACUUCGGAGCCACCUGUCUGAACACUGACAGCGCGGUGAAGUACCUGCAGAUGGCGUCCAGCUUCUUCGCCAAGGCGGAGCUCUUCCACUUCUGCGCUGAGAUGCUCUCCCUCACCAUUCCCGUCUUCCGCUUCCGCCGCGACUUCUUCCAGCUGUCCAAGUGCCACACGUCUCUCUCAGGCAUCUACGACAACGUGUUGGCGCAAGAGCGCAACCCAAUCCCCUUCAAGGACGCCACCUACUAUCGAGUCGGCUUCUACGGGGAGCGGUUCGGAUACAUCGAUGGCAGAGAGUUCAUCUACCGGGAGCCUCGGGAGGUACGGCUAGGCGACAUAAUGGAAAAGCUCAAGUCGCUGUAUGACGCGCGCGAGCCUGACGAGGAGCCCCUCCAUGUCAUCCAGGACUCGCGCCAGGUGGACCCCGCCGCCCUCAAGCCCGGCUUCGUCUACAUGCAGAUCACCGCCGUCGAGCCUGUCGUCGGGAUCGGCGAGGACCGCUGGCUCGGCCGAACCAUCGACCCUGCUGUGGCGGGAGCUCCGGUGUUCAACUGCUUCUUUUUCGACACGCCGUUUACACCGAACGGGAAGCAGCAGGGUCGGAUGGAGGACCAGUGGAAGAGGCGCACCCUGGUGUACACCCAGAGCACGCUGCCGAGCCUGAUCAGCCGGCAGCCGGUAGUUCGCUCGGAGGUUCGGGAGUACUCGCCACUGCAAUGCGCUGUGGAGAUUAUUGAGAACAGGUCGCAUGCGCUCGAGAUGGAAAUGGCCAGCCAACUGGGAGCGAUGGGAGGAGUGGGAGGAGGGGGGGGAGGAGGGGGGGGGGGAGGACGUGUGCCGCAGGACCCAGCAGCGGUGACAGCACUGAUUGCAGCAGCUGCAGCUGCUAGUGGGACGCUACGGCUGCCGCGGAUACAGACGCUGCAGCGGUUGCUACAAGGGAGUGUUGCGCUACAGGUUAACAGUGGGGUGCUGGGUGUAUGCAUGGCCUUUUAUGAGGCCAAUCCCCAUGGCCAUGAGCCGAGGUCCAAGGACCCGUCGAAGCUUCAGUCACCGUCGGAUGUAGAGACAUUGACGGAUGCGAUCGUGCGGUUUGUGGUGGUGUGCAAGAGAGCGGUGGCAGUGCAUGGGCGGGCGGUCACAGAGGUUGAUAGGGAUUUCCAGGAGCAGCUUGAGAGGAGCAUGGAGGAGCUCGAGAGGGAAAUUUCACCCUUCAUUCCAGUGCUUAGAAAAUGAGAGCCUUGGCAUUAGCCAGCCAAGUAGCAGCCUCUUCGUAGAAAGGGCUAGGAUAAAUGUUUAGGCAUAUGGUUCUCUCACUAGCUCGACGGGAGCUCUCAUACUUGUCGAAGGGUGAAGUCCUUGCGAACCUUGGAGGCACAAGAGGCUGCAUUGCACCAGCAACUUCGAAGUCUCCACGUCAAGGCGCAGUUGGAGGAGUAAAGCCGCUGUGCAACCAGCUAUAUGAAAGGAUGUAUGUUGAAUGGUAGUAGAUUGUGGUUAUCGUACUUGUAAAUUUGUGGAUGAAGGUAUGUCUAUCUUUAGCAUGAGAUACUUAGAGAAAGUAGGGGUUGUAGUGCAGAAUGCCUUUGCACUGGUCUUAACG